AUGUCGAGACUUAUCUCGUCGAUUCGAUUGUUAUUCAUUCAGAAUAAUGAAACAUCAACAGCAGCCACGGCAACAAAAACUUCCAAUUAUAGUACAAAAGAACGAAAUUGUCAAACAGUUCGUAUACCACCGAUACAUCGUCUUGCCAUUGAUGACAUUUACCAUAAUUCAACCGAUCCCGACGACAAGCCAGAUUUAGAUAUACUCAAGGAACAUCUUUUACUCGAAGGUCGUCUCACCGAACAAGCGGCACUUCGAAUUAUUGAAACUGGUGCUGCAAUUCUACGUGAUGAAGAUACUAUGCUUACUGUUACGGCACCAUUGACAAUUUGUGGUGAUAUUCAUGGACAGUUAUAUGAUUUAUUCAAAUUGUUUGAUGUUGGCGGGUCACCAGCGACGACAUCGUACCUGUUUCUUGGUGACUAUGUCGAUCGGGGAUAUUUUGGAAUAGAAUGUGUUCUAUAUUUAUGGGCAUUGAAAAUACAUUAUCCAGAUACGUUUUUCCUUCUUCGAGGAAAUCAUGAAUGUCGACAUUUAACAGAAUAUUUUACUUUCAAACAAGAAUGUCUUGUCAAAUACACAGAAGAUAUUUAUGAUGCUUGUAUGCUUGCGUUUGAUUGUUUACCAAUAGCAGCAUUAAUGAACAAGCAAUUCUUAUGUGUCCAUGGAGGAAUCUCACCUGAAAUUUCCACAUUAGAUGAUAUACGACAACUGGAUCGAUUUCAAGAACCUCCGCCGUAUGGUGCUUUGUGUGAUCUGUUAUGGUCUGAUCCUGUUCAAGAUUAUGAUAGCGAUAAAGAUAAUACAAGUCCUAUACCACAACGUCGUUCGAGUCUUCCGCUUGAUGAUCUACCACCGAGUCUCAUGACUCAACCAGCUCUUCCAUCGCCCAAUGAACACCUCUAUUUGCAUAAUACAACACGUGGCUGUUCGUAUUUUUAUACUUACGCAGCAGUUAACGAAUUCUUAGUACGAAAUGAAAUCCUUUCGAUUAUUCGUGCCCAUGAAGCUCAAGACGUCGGCUAUCGCAUGUAUCGAAAAUCAGCAGAAACUGGCUUUCCAUCCUUGAUAACCAUCUUCUCGGCACCAAACUAUUUGGAUGCUUAUCACAAUAAAGCCGCGAUUAUGAAGUAUGAAAACAACGUUUUAAAUAUUCGACAAUUCAAUAGUUCUCCACAUCCUUACUGGUUGCCGAAUUUCAUGGAUGUUUUCUCUUGGUCAUUACCAUUUGUGGGUGAAAAAGUAACAGGUGCUUUGUUAUGUAUAUUAAAUAUAUGUACAGAUGAAGAAUUAGCUGAGCCUGAUGAACAAAUUAAUUCGUUAAUUCAACGUAAUAAUCGUGAGUUACGAAAAGAACAACUACGAAUCAAAAUACGUGCAUUAGCUAAAAUUGCUAAAACUUAUAAAACCUUACGUGAAAUGAGUGAAAAUAUUCUCGCAUUACGUGGUUUAACUCCAUUGCUGAAUCCAACCGAGUUACUUAAUAAUCCAGAAGUGAAAACAGAAACCGAUGUUGCUGCAAGUAUUCUUCGUGACGCUACUAUCUCCACCGAGGAACGUUUUUCAACCGCUAAAGUUUUUGAUCAAGUGAACGAACGAAUGCCACCACCGAAACUAUCACGUUCAGUUACAACACCAGUGACGAUUGAGCGUACCAAACAAUCGUCUAUUUCAGAUUCACCAUUACAAUCAAUGAGUACAAGAAAAGAUCUAUCUUCGAAAGUAUUGAUUAGUGGAACAACACAAGGCCUUGUUAAGAUGAGACGUGCAAGUUUUGCAAGCUCAUCAGUCGUACAGAUGAAUAACACGACAACAACUGUGAAAUCUUAUUCGAAACUGAGAAAAUGA